AUGCAGAACAUUCGCGCGAAGAUCAAGCGCAAGUUCUCCAUGAACGACAAGAAUGCCAACCUCGACGAUGAAUUCGACCCCGAAGACAUUGACGAGGAAACGACGGGCCACCUGCACCGCGAAAUCACAAAGGCCGAGGCGGAGAAUGAACCCCACGGCAAGCCGGGCUCCUUCCUCAACAAGCUCAUCAUGCAUGGGAAUGCGAAGACGGAGAAGGAGAUGUCGGGGGAAGGAUCGCAUCUCGCCAAGGAGAAUGAGAAGCCGUGA